GUCAAUGGGGAUAUUAUUGAUUGAUGAUCACACACUACUAUGGCUUAGACUGACAGAGCCUGUUUGGCUAUUCUGAUGGGAAACAUGUGAGACAUUUUCUAUAUCAAUGGAGAGGCCAAAGGUGAAAGAGGAGAAAGAAAAGGCUGGGAAAACGGUUCGGUUCAGGGUAGCUUCUGCCAACAGCGGCCGGGUCCUGACGGAGGUGUUCAAGGAUGAAACACUCUGGAGCAGCUCAGUGUCGGACUCGGUGGACUCUGACAACACCAGCAGCCCGGAGACAGAACAGGGGAGCUCACCACCCACCAGUGAGGCCAACAGCCACCUGAACGGUCUUGUGGUGGUGGGAUCUGCGCAGGAGGAGAACGGCGCUGAACCUGAUGACCUGCUUCUUUACGCCAGUGCCAAGAGAGAUAUGCUCUUCAGCAACAAGCGGAUCAAUAUCUGCAGCAAGAAUGGGACCAUACGAGGAGUGAGGAACAAAGUGAGCGCAGGCCAAGUUCUCUUCAACAACCUCUCCAACAUGUACUCAGGUUCCCUUCGUCAUCAGAAAAGGAGACCUUGGGAAAAGGAGUGAACAGUUUGGAAGAAGCAGUUUCACAUCAUUUUGAGCAACAAGAAGAAACCGUGUUGCUGAAGAUUUUGUUGCAUUUGGUCCAAACUAGACCUCAUUACUUCAGUUAUACAGCUUUAUUAUAUCUGGUUCAUUCUAAUCUUUCUUUAUCACAAAUUGUUAUUUAAAGGACUAACCAAACAAACUACGAAAGUUACUUUACUGGACCUUCUAAGACUCUGAAUUACUGAUUAUGAUCUUACAUUUUUUUAGACAUUGUAUACAUGUGCCCUGAAUUUCAUAUGAUUUUGAUAUUUGGUGGAGUGUGGUUCAUUGCAUUAAAGA